AUGACACGACUUUCCAUCAUAGGCUCGCUGCUGCUCCUGGCGGGAGCUGCGACGGCUCAGACACCAGCCGGGUUCACUCCCGAGGUCGCCGAACACCUUGACGUUAUUUUCGGGACCAAGGCCGCAUCUCCCCCCGGCACGAGCUUUGCGAAAGCAGAUGUCCAGAAACAACCGACCAUUGGGACCAGUGAUGUAGCCCUGAAAGGCACUUAUCUGUGGAUGAUGAUCGAUAUCGACGUCCCAGCCUCCUUCACAGCCCCAACCUCGGGCCCCCGCAAGACGAACCUCCACGCCAUGAUCAGCGGCUUCAAAGCCGGCGCCGACCAGGCCUCCGACGGCGUCAACGUCCUGACCUCCACCGCGACCGGCCCCGUCAAGUACGUGGGGCCCGCGCCUCCGGCCGAGAACCCGCCUUACGCCCACCGAUACGUCGAGCUGCUGUUCGAGACGGACGACUCCUUCGCCGUCACCACGGCCGACGUGGGGCAGACCUUCGGGUUCGACGUCAAUGCGUUUAUCGCAAAGGUCAAGUUGGAUCCGCCGAUUCGGGCGAACUACUUUAAUGUUACGGGGUAG